GGCCUCCUCCACUCGGUGAGGAUUGAGGAGUCGCCACCCGUCGUCUUCCUUUCGCGCUCAUCGAAUCGGAAUCUGACGAGCCGGAACACGAAGCUCUCUCGCCCCCGCUCCUCCCUCGGUUCGGAGCUCAGGCUUUUCGUUUCUUCCCUCUUGGAGGGUGGUGGUGGUGUUCCGGAGGGUGAUGGAGGAUCCGGGGGCGAGAUCGCCGAUGCUGGGGGCGAACGGGGGGCGGAGGAGCGGGAGGUCGCUCCGCCGGAGGAACUCCGUCGACACGCUCAGGACCGAGUUCGUCGCGAAGCUGCCGGAGAAGAUCCGCUCCGGCCUCGACGUGGAAUCCGACCCGUACGACAUCGAUUUCUCCAAGACCAGAGGCUUGAGCAAAGGGGAGAAGGAGUACUAUGAAAAGCAAAUCGAGACCCUGAAGUCCUUUGAAGAAGUGGACACUGUGGUGAACUCUGAUGAUGUAGAUGACGAAAAUCUGGAAGAACAAGUGCAGCACGAAAGAGCGAUGAUGAUAUCGAACUAUGCGAAUAUCGUGCUGCUGGCAUUUAAGAUCUACGCGACAAUUAAGAGUGGAUCAAUAGCUAUUGCAGCAUCUACAUUGGAUUCUCUACUUGAUCUCAUGGCUGGCGGCAUACUUUGGUUCACACACCUGUCGAUGAAGAAGAUUAACAUUUACAAGUAUCCCAUUGGAAAAGUGAGGGUGCAACCGGUAGGAAUAAUCAUCUUCGCAGCUGUCAUGGCUACUCUAGGCUUUCAGAUACUGGUCCAAGCUGUAGAAGAGUUAGUCGAAGAUGAAGCUUCUGAAAAGAUGAGUUCGAGCCAAUUGGCAUGGCUAUACUCAAUCAUGUUAUCUGCUACUGUUGUAAAACUUGCUCUCUGGAUUUACUGCAGAAGCUCAUCGAAUGACAUCGUUCGUGCUUAUGCGAAGGAUCACUAUUUCGAUGUGAUAACAAAUGUAGUAGGUCUCGCGGCGGCAGUUCUUGGUGAUAAAUACUACUGGUGGAUUGACCCCGCCGGUGCUAUUUUGCUUGCAUUUUACACCAUCACCAAUUGGUCCGGAACAGUCAUGGAAAAUGCAGUUUCGCUUGUAGGACAGUCGGCGCCUCCAGAAUUUUUGCAGAAACUAACUUAUUUGGUGAUAAGACAUCCUCAAAUCAAGCGGAUCGACACUGUCCGUGCUUACACCUUUGGCGUGCUUUAUUUUGUGGAGGUUGACAUUGAACUUCCGGAGGAGCUGCCUUUGAAGGAGGCCCACGAGAUAGGGGAGACCCUCCAGAUAAAGCUUGAGAAGCUCCCAGAAGUCGAGCGGGCAUUCGUUCAUCUCGACUUCGAAUGCGAACAUAAACCAGAGCACAACGUCGUGAGCCGGCUUCCGAACAACUAGAAUCUGGGGCUGCGAGGACAUGGUCCAUCGCGGAUGGAAGAUGAGAUUGUCCUUCCCCAUGAAGGAAGUGCUCGUCAAGAAAUUCGCUUGCUUGGGGGGGAAUGGGGGUUUUGUGGAAACGGAAGACUGGAUGUUGUGUCCUGCAUCUGAGUCUUUUCCCCCAGCAUCACAACUUUGCCGGACAAUUCUACUGUUUCAUUUCAAAAGGACCGAAGUUUUGUCUAUUGUUGGUAUAUUUCUGAAAGAGUUGCCGGGUGUUAAAAAACAGUUUGAUGCCCAAAAAAAAAGAGACAUCCAUCUGUUUAAUUUUCAAGCUGCAGAGUUGAAAAGCAUUUUGGAUAUCCAAAUCUGACUCGGAACCGAGGCUUUAUACGAGAGAGGAGACGACGACGACGUGUGGUGUUGAAUUUUGGCCGGCGAAGUCGUGUUUGACUGCACGGGAUUUGGCUUCCGACGAUCGUGAAAUGAGUGCAGACGACAUGGGAAGCCACUGUUGCUGCACCUUCCUAGUGAUUUACCUGGCUGUUGCGUUUACCCAACUAAGUAAACAGCUGCUCACGGCUCAAUCGACAGUCAAAGUCAACUAACGGGAGAUUAGAACUUACGCAAGAUGCCUGUCGGUAGGAAUUCGAGAUGUAGACUUUAUAUGACGUGGUCUCAUCCAUGUACGAUGUCACGGAUUUCUGGUGAAGAUGAUUUGCGUGAUGAUUAUGUAAUGAUGGGAAAAGUGGAUUAGGUUGAAAA